ACAGGCGGAGAACCAGAACCCAAAUGCUUGCGAGAAAUUCUACCCUUGUUAUGAGGGAGUUAACUGCUUCCACAGCUUCUUUCCAAUGGCGGAAUCAAAUCAAAGGACAGCGUCUCGCCUCCCAAAUCUCAUCUGUUCUCUUGCAGAGACAAAAUUGGACUUCAAUUCUCGGUAAACUCAAUCUAUCCCUCGCUUUAACUCCCGACAUCUUCCUCCAAGUUCUCCGUAGGAUCGAAAACAACGCAGAAAUCUCUCUUGCAUUCUUCAAUUGGGCCAAAACUAGUCUUGGGUUUGAACCAGAUCUCAAGUCUCACUGUAAAGUUAUUCGGAUUUUAGUCGAAUCCCAAACCUUGCAACCCGCUCGAACUCUGUUCGAUUCUUUAAUUCCAUCCCAACCGGCGCCGGCGAUCCUCGAUUUAAUGGUGGAAGCUUGCAAAGGUAGAGACUCUCAAUCUCUUGUUUCUAGUUUUGUUCUAGAACGUUAUUCCACCAAGGGUCUUGUUUCCGAAGCUUUAGCGAUAUUUAGCAAAGUUAGGGCUUCCGGAUAUCUGCCUUGUAUCCGCAGCUGCAAUUCGUUGCUGGAUGCUUUGCAGCUGAAGGGAGAUAUAAAAUUGGCUUGGAAAUUUUAUGCUGCCAUUAUUCGUUACAGAAUUUUACCGGAUUCCUAUACUUGGUCAUUGGUUAGUCGUCUUCUCUGCAAUGAAGGGAAGCUCGAGAACGCAGUGAGAUUGUUGAAUUUGGGUGUCUGUAAUGCUGCUAUGUAUAAUCUAGUUAUUGACUGUUACUGUAAAAAGGGGAGCUUUCGAGCUUCGAUUGAUCUCUUGAAUGGGAUGCAUAGUAAGAAUCUGAUUCCUGGUUUUGGUACUUACAGUUCAAUCCUUGAUGGGGCUUGUAAGUUUGGUGAUCUUGGAGUUGUUGAGACAGUAACUAGAGAAAUGGUUGCAAAGGAUUUGCUUCCAGCAAUUCCUUUCUCGGAAUAUGAUCCAACCAUUCAGAAACUUUGCUCUUUGGGGAAGACUUAUGCAGCUGAAAUGUUCUUUAGGAAAGCUAGGGCUGACAAUAUCACACUACAAGAUGUUUCACAUGGGUGCAUACUAAAGGCUUUUUCUAAGGAAGAAAGAUUACGAGAAGCAAUAGAGGUUUAUGGUAUUAUCAGGGAAAGGGGCAUUAUAGUUAGUCGUAGUAGUAUCUACGCACUUGUGGAUGUAGUCUGUAACGAGGAGCCAUCAGAAGAAUUAUAUCAAUUAUUAAUGGAAGUGAUUAGGAAGGGAUUUACUCCUUGUGCUUCAAAUCUUUCCAAGAUCAUAGCCGCCCAGUGUAACAAAGGUAGAUGGAGGGAAGCAGAGGAACUGCUGAUGGUAACUUUGGAAAAAGGGUUCUUUCCAGAUUCCUGUUGCUGUUGUGCACUAGUAGAACAUUACUGCUCUAAAAGACAGAUUGAUUCAGCCCUUGCUUUGCAUGAUAAGGUUGAGAAAUUAGGAAGAAGUUUGGAUGUAAUUACUUACAAUGUGCUUCUUGAUGAGCUUUUUAAAGAAAGGAGGAUUGGAGAUGCACUCAGGGUGUUUGAUCAUAUGAGAACACAAAAUGUGGUGAACAGUGCAAGUUUUUCAAUUAUGAUUAGGGGACUUUGUCGGGUGGAGGAAAUGAGGAAAGCCAUGAAGAUUCAUGACGAGAUGUUGAAGAUGAAGCUUAAACCUGAUGAAAAAACAUACAAACGUUUGAUAUCUCAAUUUGUAUAACUAUAUUCUUGCUGGUUUACUGAAAAUUUUAGUCUUCUAGGAUGCGUGUAAUGUAGAUAAUCUUAUAUUUUCCCUUAUAUCCCACUUAAGCAUCAUAUUAGAUGAGUUAUUAAGAGGAAAAUUUCUUAUCUUGAA